GCGCCUCACUUCGAACAAUGACGUCGGUUUAUUGCUUGACGUGCUGCUAUCUCGAGACCAUGGACGAACUUCCAUUUUCGACACAUUAACUUUGUUGUGUUUCCAUUUUUAUGUUUUGAGCGUUAUCUCACAUCUAAAAUAAAUAAACGCUUUUUUUCGGUCACCUUCGGAGGCGAUUUACGCAGCGGGGAACUUUCCGCGUUUUUAUUUGAAACCCGUUCCGUCUCACUUAAUAGGAGGGAAAAAAUAGUGAAGUCUUAUGUUUACAUCCGCCAUGGACGACGACUUUGCAUGUUUAGUCGUGGAUUUCAUCUGUGUUGGUGCCUACUUCGUUUCGCGGUGGAGGUCGUUUUGAACAAGCGAGACCCUACGACGACAUGGACGGGAUGGAGUUGUGCCGACUCUGCGCCCUCGAGAAGGAUUACCUUUUGUGCAUUUACGGCGAGGAAGGAAACAGACUGUGCAUCGAGGCCAAAAUUAAAAAAUGCCUCAACAUCGAGCUAGCUGACAGGGAGAACCUUCCAAAAUCCAUCUGUUUAGAAUGUUGUACAAAGCUAGAUGCAUUUGAUGAGUUUCUCGACAGCACUUUAUCAGCACAAACAACACUUAACAUUAUUUUUCCAGAAAAGUCAAAAUUUAAGAAUGAACUUCCUAUAUCUACAACCAACAAUGUUAUAGAGAGAGUAAUGAAAAAUCAUGAAUCAGAAGAAGAAUUUGAUGAUGAGUCUGAAGAAAUACCCUUCACAAUUGAUUCUUCAAACAGCGAUGUUUUGUUGAAAGUACAGGACGCCCAAUUCAUCGUCCAAAAGCAAGACGGGAAUCAAAUUAGCAAUCUAGCCAAUAGUGAAAUAACGCCAAGUGAAGAAUCCAGUAGCUACAAAUGUGAAACUAAUGAAACCAGCAGCGAUCCGGAUUCAGAUAACGGAAAAGCAAAGGAUUGGGAACCUCAAAAUUGGCUGUGUUCAGAUUGUUCAGAGGAAUUUACUUCAGUUGACGAUUUACGUUUGCAUCAUGCCAAUGAGCAUAAACAAGAUCCCCGGUACAUGUGUGCUUACUGUUCUAAGCUCUUCCUAGUUUUCAAUGGCUUUAUUACACACAUUAAAAGACAUAAAAACGGGUUAAAAUACAGCUGUGAUGAUUGUGGAAAAGGGUUUUCUAAUAAGAAAGUAUUGGAAUCACACCGCCUUACACAUUCCGAUGUCAAACCGUAUGUUUGUCAAGAGUGCGGCAAGUGUUUUAGGCAGCAGAGUGCUCUUUAUAUUCACAGUCGAUGUCAUUUGCCUGAUGCUGUAAAAAAUAAAUAUCCUUGUGACCAAUGUAACAAACAGUUUUCUAGCAAGCCCAAUUUGGUGACACACAUGAGGAUUCAUACCGGUGUUCGGAAUUUUACGUGUGACCAAUGUGGAAAAAGUUUUAUUCAAAAAGGAAAUCUUGACGCCCACCUUCUGACCCAUUCCCAUGAUAAACCUUUCUCCUGUGAAGUUUGUAAUAAAAGAUUUAAAACAGGGAUGCAAGUACGGAAACAUCACUCGGUGCACACCGGAGCAAAACCACACCAAUGUGAUGUAUGUGGAAGAACUUUCAGGGAGAAAGGCACGCUGAGGGAACACCACAGGAUUCACAGCGGUGCAAUGCCGUUUACAUGUGAAUUUUGUGGAAAGGCAUUUAGAUUCAAAGGAAUACUUACAACGCACAGAAGGCAGCAUACCGGAGAAAGGCCCUAUUCCUGUGUAGAAUGCCAACACCACUUCACAAACUGGCCAAAUUACAACAAGCACAUGAAGAGAAGACACGGGAUCAACACGAGUCGCUCGGCACGUACUGAGAAACAAAUCACACCUCCACCGCCCCCGCCCCCACAACAAAUCAUCACCGGUACAUACCAAGACAUCCAAACUCCUGAUUUGUACACAAACAUUUCUACACAGAACAUAAACCAGAACCUUCCUACUUACAUGGCUUAUAAUGUGUACAGUCUCUCUCAGGAGACACCGCUCGAUCCGACUUCAACUAUAGACAUACUUCCAAGAUAAUCUAAUGUUUGCAAUAAUUGAGGCCAUUAUGGACAAAAUGCCUCUAUUUUUGUAUAAUUUUAAUGAAUUUUGUUUUAGCCUAGUGCUUGAAUUUUACAAAUUGACUGUUACAAAGCUUGAGCCCACUCUAAAAGGGUUAUCGCCACAACUAAAAAAUGUUUUUGUUAAAAACAAAUUUUAUAUUUAUGUCUUGAUAAAAAUUAUGUAGCUACAUAUAGAAAAACCAGGAUGGUUUUCAGUAGCUUUUUAGCAACCGUUAUGUUAAUUAAGUUUUUAAAAAACUACAUAUAUAUUUCCUUAUGUAAAAUGUUUAUUAUUUUGCCCCACCUAGAAAAAAAUUUGGUGGUUUUUAAACAUGAAUCGUAGAAAUAAAUUAAAAAUUAGUUUCAAGGUUUUCCUGAAUAUUUCCAUAAAAAAUUGUUCUUUACCCCAUUCCCACCUUAAAAAACCUUGAAAUUGAAUUUUGUAAUCUCGUACACGAAUCUAAAUACAUAAAGGUUUAAAUACAUUUAUAUUUUACUGGAAAUACAUGCUGGUCAGAAAAACAGCACUUUUUUGACGGUUUUAUUUGUUCUGUUUCAUUCCUAAUAACUUAAGAAAUUAAAAUUGUGCAUUGUUUGUUUUUUUUAA